CAUUGUUAUAGUCUCCUCAACACCAACGUUGAUGGUAAGAUCAAGAUUAUGUACGCUCUCACCUUGAUCAAGGGUGUUGGCCGUCGUUACUCCAACUUGGUCUGCAAGAAGGCUGAUGUCGACUUGAACAAGAGAGCCGGUGAGCUUACCGUUGAAGAGCUCGAGCGUGUCGUUACCAUCCUCCAGAACCCCACCCAGUACAAGAUCCCCUCGUGGUUCCUUAACCGUCAGCGCGACUUCGUCGACGGCAAGGACACGCAGGUCCUUGCUAACGGUCUUGACUCCAAGCUCCGUGACGAUCUCGAGAGAUUGAAGAAGAUCCGUGCCCACAGAGGUCUCCGACACUACUGGGGUCUCCGUGUCCGUGGUCAGCACACCAAGACUACCGGCAGACGGGGUAAGACUGUCGGUGUCUCCAAGAAGAAAUAA